AUGGCGGAUCCGGCGAAACAAACCGUUGUGGUCAUUGGAGCCGGAGUCAUAGGGGUCUCCUCAGCAUUGACACUUCUCGAGACCCUCCCGCGCCAAAAAUAUCACAUCAUAUUGGUUUCCGAAUUCUUUUCUACGGACGGAUUGAAUCCGUCAUACCCCAGCACUCUUGCCGGGGCUCACUAUCGCCCUAUCCCAGCCACGACACCACGGCUGAAAUACGAAGCCAAGCUAGGAAGGACUACCUACAACCGCUUCAAGAAGCUGGCUGCGGACCACCCAGAGUUUGGGGUGAAGUUUAUGGAGGGCAUCGAUUACGUGUCUGGCGAAGCAGUCCCGUCCUACAAGGCCCUGUUGCCCGACUAUACCAAUGUCGAUGGAUUCCGCAUCCUGAAGCCCAAUGAAAUGCCGGAAGGUGUAGAAUUUGGAGCUAGGUACGAGAGUUAUUCGCUCGAUCCUGAAGUAUACAUGGUGCAUCUCCUGCGGCGGUUUAAACUCGCUGGAGGUGAGGUGAGACGGAUGCACCUGAACGCUGUUGAAGAGGCAUUUGAAAUAAGUGGCGGCGAAGGGGUUCGGAUGGUGGUUAACUGCACUGGAGUUGGGAUCAACGAUCCGAAAUCUUUUAUCAUCAAGGGACAGACAUGCCUCGUCUUAAAUCCCUGCGAUAAGACCAUAACGCGACAGCUUGCCGACGGUAGUUGGUCAUUCCUCGUUCCUCGUCCCCUAAACGGGGGCACUGUCGUUGGAGGCACGAAGCAGCCCAAUGAUUGGAACCCCGAACCGUCCCUCGCCGUGCGUGAGCAACUGCUCAAAGAUGCAGCAAACCUUUACCCAGCUAUUUUGAACAAAGAGGGCAAGUUCGAUGUAAUCCGGGAUAUCGUAGGCCGACGGCCCGCGAGGGAGGGAGGCAUGAGAUUAGAGCUGGAGACACUUCCCAAUGAUCGCAACGUUAUUCAUGCUUAUGGUGUAGCGGGAAGAGGGUUUGAGUUGAGCUGGGGUAUUGCGGGGGAGGUUCUGAAAAUGGCACAUGAAGUUUUGGAUAUGGAGGAGUGUCGUAGCAAGCUAUGA